CAUCCCUGCCUGCAGAGAAGAAGAAGCUAGCGGCUCUGAAUUGGCAAAAAACCCAUUGAUUCCUCGCAACAGAAGAGAAUUCACUGAAAAUCUGAAAUGAGCACCGCCCUGCCCAACCACAGAAAGACCAAGCCUGGAGGCAUAAAGCCCGGGCCCGUAACCAGCGGCGCGUCUGGGCCGACCUCCCAGAUCCCCGGUCUGUCCCAGAGUGCUGAUGAAAGCACUCCGGCCGAGAGGUCCAGCGGACGCCGAGUCGGGAUAUUUGCCUCCGACUCGGAGUACGUCAAGCUUGCAAAGCAGGGAGGACACAAAGGGCUGUUGAGUCAUGAUAAUGAUUGUGAGGAAAAUCCGGUGAGGGCCUACAAUCCAGCCAGCUGGUUUGGAGACAAUGAGACAAAGAAUGGAAGCAAAGCAACGUCUCCCGACAGCCAGAUGAAGGGGGGCAGCCUGCCUCUGGCUGCACCGUUUGGCACUGAUAACAGUUCGUCCUGGGAGAGAGAGGCUGAUAGCUUUUCCAAUGAUAAAGAUAAGAUGUCUCCUGAUGAUGCUGCCGAUGAGUUGGAGGAUCUGUCCUUAGGCGGCAUUCACAAGAAAACGUGUCAUACUAAGGGGGCUCCGCCAGUCAGCAUGACCAAGCUGCUGAGUCAUGGUUAUGUGGAGCAGAAGAAGUCUCCCAAUGAUGACGAUGCCUCAAGUGUGACCUCAGAACAGACCAGCACCAUCGCGACGGAGGACGCGGACGUGGACGAUCUGGAGUAGUGUGCACAGGUCCUCACCUUGAGGGAGAAGGGGGGGGUGUCGUCCUAACACUGGUUCAUGGGAUCGCAAACCCACGAACACGCCACUCCGCCCGUCACGGAUUCACUCACGUUAAUUGUACAUCCACUGACUCUUAGGUUUUGUACUCAUGUUUAUGCAAAAGGUACCGUCCUAUAUGUUUUGCUUUAAUUUAUAAAAAAGGAACUCACACAGGUGUCGUUGAGUAGACGUGUCGGUGCUCGCAGUAUACUUUUCCGUUCAGUGUUGUCGUUUCUCGGUUUGAAAGACGAGUCGUGCACAGGGCAGGAAACUAACAUUUUGGUUCUGUUAUUUUACCAGCUAGUUAAAUUUUUAGAACUUAAAGCACGGGACAGCCUCACCCGCUUAAUUCUAGACUCUCGUGCGUUUUGCCGGUGGCUGUUGUUAGUUUCCCUCCCUGGUUGUAUGAAGUUCGAGUUAGUGAAUUUGUAUGAAGUGUUUGUGCUAAUGAAUUGUGGUGCCAGUGACGUGAAACAUAUUUUGUUUUGAUCAAGGGCUCCGGCUUUAUGAAGGCAUGUCCGCGGUAUGCGUGUUUUCGGCUGCGGCGGUGGACAUGAUCAUUCAUUGAGACCGCACCCCCGCAGCCAUGACCACAUGCCAAAGGGCGUACUGAUGGCGAAAGCCGCCGCGGUUUGUGUGGUUGAAAAAGGUCCAAACAUGAUUUUUAGGUUGCUGCUCUGCAGAAGGUUGCUCUUCUCUUCUUUUCCCCAAAAAUCUUGUUUUUUUUUUUUAAUAGUGAAACAUGCAAGAGCAUAAUCUUUUUGUGCAAGCUGCGUUUUUGUGAAUCCUUCUUGUCCCCCUCCCCCCAAAAACAAGUGCAUUCAAAAGCGAAUGCAUCUGGAAAAAAAGGAACAAAUUGCUCGAAUAACUCAAGUGACGUUUGCCAGUUCCAAUAAGAAAAACCAGCAGGUGCUGCAAAUUAAAUUCUCUCAUCAGUGCCUAUAAAUUAAGACGCUCAUCAGUAAGUCAAGAACUGUGCCAAGUGCUGGAUGCUGGUCCAGAUAUGUCAGACGCUUGCCAACGAUAGAAUUAGAUAUGUUGCGUACUGCAUGUUUAAAACUUCGCAGUUUCCCACAGCCUAGCGCAACAAGGGAUAAAACAUUCUGGGAAGUUGUCGGAAAGAAACCGCCUUCUGCAGGCCCACGACCCGAAAACCCAUCCCAGUGUAAUUCCCUGUGAAGAUUAGAGGAGGUUUUUGAAAAAGUGAGUUCUGAACAUGCCAACCAAGCAGUUUUUUCCCUGCUCACAUGCAGUGUUUUGACCUAGUAGACACCAGUAGGAGAAGUUAGUUGGUGCACAGCCUGGUCCCAGCAAACCCUCCCCCGAUAAACUUCUAUUCUUUUCAGAUUAGAGAGUUUAAUUAAAGCUGCAUCAUUAUUUUUUUUUUGCAUAUUUAAACAAAGCCAAGCACGGGUAAAUCUGAGCACUGCAGCAGCUGCGUGGGUACGAUUCCAGCCCGGACUGUUCGCUGCAUGUCAUCUUCAGUCUCUUGUUUCCUGCUUUUCCACUGUCACUACCAUAAUAAAGAAAUAAAAAAAACAACAAAAGAUACUUCACAACCAAACUUUGCAGCAGUGAAAAAUACAUUUCCUGGUGUUUUGAGAGAUGACACUAGAGUUUGUGGUUUGAUUCGUGCCAUAGUCCUCACACCUUUCCCUUGUUUCCUGUCUGUCUCUGUCCUUUAAACUUUCAAUGAGAAUGCAAACAUACGCCGAGCAUAAGGGUGCAUAAAACUCCUAAAUAAAAAGCCAAAUUCAAGAAAAAGGCCUUAAAUUAACAUACCUGUAAAAUAAAACACUAAGGAAUAAUGGUCUCCACACCAAUAUAAGCGAGUUUAUUUUAGUCGAGAAAUAGAUCCUGGGAAAUAUGGUCUGAACACGGAGUUAGCAUCAGUCUUAUAUGUUUAUUAGUAGUAAGAUUAGUGACUGAAAUAGAAACAAUAAAUUCUACGGAGAAUUUAAAUGCCACAUAAAUCAAAAGGAAGACCAGGAUGCAUGAACAAUCGUUAAUUUGUGUUUAUUGCCAAGAUAAUUGCAAGAAGGAAAUGGCAAAUAAUAGGAUAUGCAUCUUCAGUAUCUGCAGGUCUUAAAAGGCCCUGAAUUUACUUUCCUUCAGAGCACAUUUAAAAAGAGUCUUAAAUAUUUCCUGUUGUCUACUGACGGCUGUCGUUUUUAGUUGUUUAAAUCUUUCUGGCAGCCAGGAGAUGUUGUGUAUCUUAUUUUUUGUGAAGCACCUUCACAACUUGCCGCCGACACUCACUACUGCUGCUACAGUAGCGAGGAGGUUCAUCAUCUCCUCAAGGGCAUGCGCCAGUUUUUUGGCAAAACGUGAAUAAUUUAAUCGUUUCAAAGGGUUGUUCCAAUUUUAGGUUCGGUUUCCUUGAAUAAGAUCAACUAUAGCAGGAGGAAUUGUAGUUACACUCUGCUGAAAACGGUGCAAUAUAAAGGUACUGAUAAUCAUUCCCCCUGGUUAUUAAUAUUUGCGCUGUAUUACUGAAAUACGAAUUAAAUUUGGUUAAGUGUGCUUCUGAAAACUUCUUAAAAAGUAUUAAAUGAGUUGUUGGACCCUACCGAGACCUCUGGAGACAGAAAUGUGGCUUUUGAAACACUUUGACCUUUUCUGUUACUGAAAAAUUAAUAGAGGUCAAAGCGGUCAAGUAAAUCUAACCCCCAAACUUUGAAGUUUGAUGUGAAACCCUACCCUCCUCCUCAGUGUCUCCAACUCCUCCUCGGCUGCUUGCUUGUGCGAUUGCAAUUUGAUUGACAGUUUGGCCUUGAGUCAUCUAACGGUUCUUUUUGAAAAGUAGCUCCGAAAACCGAGGCGCGACACUAAAACUCCUAAUCCUGCCGGGACGUUUGUCUGGUGAAUGAAACGCUCUUAAAUUGAAAAGGACGGGGGAUGUAUUUGGGUUUGAGACUUUAAGCUCUGAAGUUUGUCCCGAUAAAUCCAAACCAAUUCACUGGGCGCGUCUCGAAAUGAUGCCGCAGAAACACACUCGUUGGAAACGGUUUUAGUUGAUGUCAUGUUCACACAAUAUAUUUAAGCAGCGAUGCAUAACUCAUCUGUAUUAUCUGUAGUAUUCAAAAAAGUGUUGUUCUAAAACUAUAGACGCUUUACUGUGCUUAGUGACACUAGAUAUUAUUUAGGAGUACCACGAAUGGAGAAUGUAUCCUCUUUGGUUAUUGUUUGUUUCAAAGAACGGGUUUAUUCCUAUUAAACUGUUUAAAUCUUCACGUACAGUAUUUCUGUUUUAGAACUUAAUCCUCCUCCUGUGAGUUGGUGCUGUUAUCAGUUUAUAAACCAGUAGUGGGAACCUUUUAUCGGCUUAACUUUGCAAAGUCCUCCCCUGAAGUCUCAUAAGUCUUUUACCUGCAAGUGUUAAAACUCUCCUCUACCAGAGAGAGAAGAUUGUGUUCGUAGUGAGAAACUAAAUCCACCAGAUGCACCUCAAUGUAAGACCAAGCUCAAUAUGAUGACUGCACACAAGACUCUAUAUUAUCGUUUGAAUAAAUGGGCAUGUGCACGUGAA